AAUCGGGAACAGGUGAAAAAAAAUGCCAUUUGAAGAAGAUUAUAUUUGUGUGAGGGGCUGUAAACUAGCAUUAGAGCACAUAAACAGAGAACGCAGCAACGGGCAAGGUAAGGGGGCGGGGUUGCUCAUAACUCAGAGGCGAAUUUUUAAUGAGCUACUGCUCUGCAGAAUCUGUCCUAGAAAACGACACAGGUUUUUUGAUUUUUUUCUAAAAUUGGUAUCAUCAUAAUUAAAAGACCAAUGGGAAGGCUUUUAAAAUGGAUCAAAAGAUCAUCGGAGAGGAACUUUCAGUAAAAGAUGGGAGUGAUUUCAUUAAUCUGUAAGCCACAAUUUGUAUUUUCUCAAUAAAUGGCAAAAGAAAAAGAAAGAUCCCUUAGAAAAGAAGUUUUGAUUUCAAGAUCCAAAAAGAAGCUUUUUGUUAAAAAAUGCUUAACUUGAGACUGUUUGUUUCAGCGGGCAAGUCCAGGCCUAUUUGACUGGUGGAGCCAAGCUGAAUAAUGUCAUCAAAGCAUUGUUUAGGGCUAUUUAGGUAAUAGCUGAUGUUGUUUUUGUUUGACAUUUUACUCCCAAAUGAGCUUUGUUUCAUUGUGUUACCUGAGUAAAAGAGGCCCCUACCUCCAGACAAUGACAUGCCUAGAGGGCUAAGCAUAAUUUGUUCCUGGUUGUGCAGACCAGCGUUUAAGCAAAUGUGACUGUAGUGAAGGGGGAAAAGAAAAAAUGAAAAACCACAAUCAAAGUCUAACGAUGUCUUGUCCUGUGGAUCAAGAGGAUCACAUUCAUUCUUUGACAUCUGACCUCAUAGAUCCACUGAACUCCGUGACUUUUGGAUCAAACGAUCUUGAAAAAUCUGCAUCUUUGUGGUUUGUUCUAGUUUGAAAGGAGCUGUGAAAAGAUCAGAGCUUGAGUCAUAAAGGAGUCCAAAACCCAGAUAUUUAGUGAGCGUGUAAACACAACUUUGGCCAAAGAAAAGAGCGAGCUGAAAAAAUCCAGAUGUGGGGGACUGUGGACCAAUGGCAUGCACAGGUCUACAAUCUCUGUUUGUUCCUGAACAAAUUAAAGUCUUUCUUUGAGCCUGCUAUGGAUCAUUAUGCUGUUUUACACGCACACACUUUCCUCUUCUUCCUCCUCCUCCGCAUGCCUUCUUUCUCUUUUCUGUACUUACCCCAAAAACAAUUCUGACGUUGUGGGCACGCUUCAUAAUACCCUCAUCCUCACAGGCAUCACCAUCUUCAUCAUCAUCUGGAAAACAGCCGCUGGUUCUCCUCUAUUGCCUGUGCCGUUUACCCCCCCCCCCCUCCCCUCCUUACUUCCCUCCUUCCUUCCUUUGGAGCAAACUCACACACACAGACGCGCGCGCACACAUCUGGAAACAGUCAAGGCGUCUACAUGUGCUGAAAGGGGGGGUACCCCACGCUCUUGCUCUCUCCUUCUCUCUCGGUAUCACUGCAGAGCUGAGCUGCAGGGGCAGCAGAGGCAAACUCCCGCUCAGUGAGACACACCGAGAGGCUGACAGACAGACUGAGUCACAGGCGCACACGACCGGACCGUCAUGGACUGGAUCGGGGCAGAGAAACCAACACUCGGAUGAAGCAGGACGGCCUGGCUUUUGUUAUCUGGGGAGUCUGCUUUUUGGAAUAACCGACAGCCCGCGCGGGGAGGUUUAAGCCGUGAUGGAAUAUUUACACACCUUUCAUUUUCAAAAUUUCCUCCUCUCCUCUUCCUCCUCUUUUUCCUCCUCCUUCACCUCCACCUCCUCUGCUUCUUCAUCCUCUGCCAUUCUGAUGACACGCUGCUGAAGAUGCGCACGAAUGCGUCUUUUGCGCACUUCCAUUGCGACCGUCACUGACAGCGUCCGUUCUUUCUGACAUUUCCAAACCUCAGUUGUUUUCCCUUUUACCUAACCAGUGCGAAGACAAGGGGGAGAGGAGUGUGAAUUGAAUUGGACGCAGGGCUGGUUUCAUGUUUCUCGCCUAGGGCCCGGAUGUACCGAGGGAUGCACCGGUGCGUUUUCCCAACCGGUUCUGCCGAAAGCUCCCUCUUUUUUCUCGCCUUCACCUCCAUCAUGGGGAUUAGGUAAUAUUCACUCCAUCCAAAGCGACCCUCCCCAUAAACAAAAAUAACGGAUUACCCCCAAAACUGUCCGUGUCAGACAGUUUUUUUUCUUUUGUUACUCCUCUCCUUGUAUCAUUUCUUUAUUUUUGGGGGUCUUUUUCCCUCCCCCGGUUGGUUCCCUUUUCCUCCCUCUCUUCCCAUUCACCUCUAGGGAUAACACAGGACUACGUUUAUGGUAAAUGAUAGCAAAAACAUGUACAUCCCGGAGGACACCCUUGAGAACCAUCAAGGCUCCGAUUACUCUCCCCCUACGCUUCCUCGUCCCCCUCAUCCAGGCCUGACAAACGAGCACAGUGGUGUCGAGAGCCAUGGCGAUCGAAGUGGAGGAGGGGGCGGGCCCAACCACGGAGUGGGUGUGGUUGGUCUUGCACCUGAGCACAUCCCCACACCAGGGGCAGCCCUGAGCUGGCAGGCGGCCAUCGAUGCUGCGCGGCAGGCAAAGAUGAUGGGCAAUGCCGCGUCAGGUGGAGGAACAGGACUUGGGUCGGGAGGGGGCGGGCCCAUCUCUACGGCCAGUUCCACGCAAAGGAAAAGACAGCAUUAUAGCGCCAAACCCAAGAAACAGACCACAACGACAGCCACAAGGCCGCCGCGGGCUCUGCUCUGUCUCACACUCAAGAACCCUAUCCGCAGAGCCUGCAUCAGCAUCGUAGAGUGGAAACCAUUUGAGAUCAUCAUCCUGAUGACCAUCUUUGCUAACUGUGUGGCCUUAGCCGUCUACAUCCCUUUUCCCGAGGAUGACUCGAAUGCCACCAACUCCAACCUGGAGCGCGUGGAGUAUCUGUUCCUCAUCAUUUUUACAGUGGAGGCGUUCCUGAAGGUUAUAGCCUACGGCCUGCUCUUCCACCCCAACGCCUACCUGAGGAAUGGCUGGAAUCUGCUCGACUUUAUCAUUGUAGUUGUAGGGUUAUUCAGUGCAAUUCUGGAGCAGGCCACAAAGGGGGAUGGGGCCACUCCUAUUGGAGGAAAGGCAGCCGGUUUCGAUGUCAAGGCUCUGAGAGCUUUCAGAGUACUCAGACCUCUAAGACUGGUCUCCGGAGUACCGAGUUUACAGGUAGUGUUGAACUCUAUAAUCAAAGCCAUGGUCCCUCUGCUCCAUAUUGCCCUGUUGGUCCUCUUUGUCAUCAUCAUCUAUGCCAUAAUUGGCCUGGAGCUCUUCAUGGGCAAGAUGCACAAGACCUGCGUUCACAACCACACAGGCCUAAAUGCAGAGGAAAAGCCAGCACCGUGCGCUCCUGAUGGUGCCUACGGCCGACACUGCACACAGAAUGGAACCCAGUGCAGAGUGGGAUGGGAGGGUCCAAACGAUGGCAUCACCAACUUUGACAACUUUGCCUUUGCCAUGUUAACAGUGUUUCAGUGUAUAACAAUGGAAGGCUGGACAGACGUGUUGUACUGGAUGCAGGAUGCUAUGGGCUAUGAGCUGCCAUGGGUCUAUUUUGUCUCUCUCGUCAUCUUCGGCUCUUUUUUCGUUCUCAAUCUCGUUCUGGGGGUGUUGAGCGGAGAGUUUUCUAAGGAAAGAGAGAAGGCCAAAGCACGCGGUGACUUCCAGAAACUCAGAGAAAAACAGCAGCUAGAGGAAGACCUAAAGGGCUAUUUAGACUGGAUCACUCAGGCUGAAGACAUUGACCCAGAAAACGAAGAGGAGGGUUUAGAUGACGACAAACCAAGAAACCGUAAAAAUCAUCAUUUUCUCUCUCUUCGUGGAGCAGUGAAGAAAAAUGCGGCUUUCCUUCGUAAGGCGUUGAGCAUGCCAGCCAGUGAGAAUGAGUCAGUCAACACAGACAACCCCCCAGGGGGAGAUGUAGAGGGGGAGACCUGCUGCACCCGGCUAGCAAUUAGGAUCUCCAAAUCCAAGUUCAGCCGUUACUCCCGAAGAUGGAACAGGCUGUUCAGGAGGAAGUGCCGUGCAGCUGUCAAAUCCCAGGUUUUCUAUUGGCUGGUCAUCUUCCUGGUUUUCCUCAACACUCUGACCAUUGCUUCUGAACAUCACCGGCAGCCUCAGUGGCUCACAGAUGUACAAGACAUAGCCAAUAAAGUAUUACUAGCACUUUUCACUGGUGAGAUGCUGUUAAAGAUGUACAGUCUUGGUCUCCAGGCAUACUUUGUUUCCCUCUUCAAUCGGUUUGACAGUUUCGUAGUGUGCGGAGGAAUCCUGGAGACAAUUUUAGUAGAAACAAAGAUCAUGUCUCCUCUCGGCAUUUCUGUCUUACGAUGUGUACGCUUGCUCAGAAUCUUCAAAAUAACCAGGUAUUGGAACUCCCUGUCCAACCUGGUGGCUUCCCUGCUGAACUCUGUUCGAUCCAUCGCCUCCCUGCUCCUCCUGCUCUUCCUCUUCAUCAUUAUUUUUUCCCUGCUGGGCAUGCAGCUUUUUGGGGGAAAGUUCAACUUUGACGAGACAAGGCGCAGCACCUUUGACAACUUUCCCCAGUCUUUGCUCACCGUGUUUCAGAUUCUAACAGGAGAGGACUGGAACUCUGUGAUGUAUGAUGGCAUUAUGGCGUAUGGUGGUCCGUCUUUUCCGGGCAUGCUGGUCUGCAUCUAUUUCAUCAUUCUGUUCAUCUGCGGAAACUAUAUCCUACUGAAUGUCUUCUUGGCCAUUGCUGUCGACAAUCUGGCAGAUGCAGAGAGUCUGACCUCAGCCCAGAAGGAGGAGGAAGAGGCAAAGGAGAGGAAGAAACUGGCCAGGCUUGCUAGUCCUAAGAAACAUGAAGAGAAUGAAAAACCACCUUUAGAAGAAAAGAAGAGUGAAAAGAUAGAGCUGAAGUCAAUUACCUCAGAUGGAGAAACCAAUCCAGCUACAAAGAUCAGCAUGGAUGACUGCUGUGGAGAUGAGAAUGAAGAAAAGAACCCAUACCCUGCAAAUGAUUACAUUGGCGAUGAUGAUGAGGAGGAGCCAGAAAUGCCAGUGGGCCCAAGGCCGCGUCCACUCUCUGACAUCCAUCUAAAGGAGAAGGCCGUUCCCAUGCCUGAGGCCCGCGCAUUCUUCGUCUUCAGCCACACUAACAAAUUCAGGGUUCUGUGCCAUAAGAUCGUCAACCACAACAUCUUCACCAACCUCAUCCUCUUCUUCAUCCUGCUCAGCAGCAUCAGUCUCGCGGCAGAGGACCCAGUCAAGAACGACUCAUUCAGAAACCAGAUCCUGGGGUAUGCAGACCAUGUCUUCACUGGACUCUUCACGAUAGAAAUUAUUCUUAAGAUGACGGCUUAUGGAGCCUUCCUUCACAAAGGCUCAUUCUGUAGAAACUAUUUCAACAUCCUGGACUUAGUUGUGGUCAGUGUGUCCCUCAUCUCCUCUGGAAUACAGUCCAGUGCAAUUAAUGUUGUAAAGAUCUUGAGAGUCCUGCGAGUGCUCCGACCACUGAGGGCCAUCAACAGAGCCAAAGGACUGAAGCAUGUGGUGCAGUGCGUGUUUGUGGCAAUCAGGACCAUUGGCAACAUCGUCAUCGUCACCACGUUGCUCCAGUUCAUGUUCGCUUGUAUUGGAGUGCAACUCUUUAAGGGGAAGUUUUUCUACUGCACGGACAGCUCCAAGCAGACUCAGGCAGAGUGCAGGGGUUCCUACAUCAUGUAUAAAGAUGGAGACGUGGGAAAGCCAGGAAGAUCCCCAAGAGUUUGGGAGAACAGUGACUUCAACUUUGACGAUGUUCUGCAAGGCAUGAUGGCUUUGUUUGCAGUGUCUACUUUUGAGGGCUGGCCUGGGUUACUGUACCGAGCCAUAGACUCUCAUUCUGAGGAUGUUGGGCCCAUCUACAACUACCGUGUGGUCAUUUCCAUCUUCUUCAUCAUUUACAUCAUCAUCAUUGCUUUUUUCAUGAUGAACAUCUUCGUCGGUUUCGUCAUCGUCACAUUCCAGGAGCAGGGGGAGCAAGAAUAUAAGAACUGUGAGCUGGACAAGAACCAGCGUCAGUGUGUGGAGUAUGCCCUCAAGGCUCGUCCUCUGCGCCGCUACAUCCCCAAGAACCCAUACCAGUACAAGGUGUGGUAUGUGGUCAACUCCACCUACUUUGAGUACCUGAUGUUCACACUCAUUCUUCUCAACACCAUCUGUCUGGCCAUGCAGCAUCAUGGGCAGACCAAAAACUUCAAUGAUGCAAUGAACAUCCUCAACAUGCUUUUCACUGGGCUGUUCACUGUCGAAAUGAUCCUUAAGCUCAUCGCCUUCAAACCCAGGGGGUACUUUAGUGAUCCCUGGAAUGUGUUUGAUUUCCUCAUCGUAAUUGGCAGCAUAAUAGACGUCAUUCUCAGUGAAAUCAACCCAGCUGACUCCUCCUCGUCCUCGUCCUCUUCGUCCUCCUCUUCCUCCUCUUCCACCUCUCACCCCCCUGUGGUAAGGCCAAUGGGACUGCAGAACUCAGAAGAGAACGCCAGGAUCUCCAUCACCUUCUUCCGACUGUUCCGCGUGAUGAGGCUGGUGAAGCUGCUUUCUCGCGGGGAAGGGAUUCGGACCCUGCUGUGGACCUUCAUCAAAUCUUUCCAAGCCCUGCCCUACGUAGCUCUGCUUAUAGUGAUGCUCUUCUUCAUAUACGCUGUCAUUGGCAUGCAGAUGUUUGGUAAAAUAGCGUUGCGGGAUCUCUCACAAAUCAACAGGAACAACAACUUCCAGACAUUCCCUCAAGCAGUGCUGCUGCUCUUCAGAUGUGCGACAGGCGAGGCAUGGCAGGAGAUCAUGCUGGCGUGUUCACCCAACCGACCCUGUGAGAAAGGGUCAACCAAUGAAAACAGCACCGCCAGUGAGGAAUGUGGCAGCCAGUUUGCCAUCAUUUACUUCGUCAGCUUCUACAUGCUUUGUGCCUUUUUGAUCAUCAAUCUAUUUGUGGCUGUAAUUAUGGACAACUUUGACUACCUGACACGGGAUUGGUCGAUCUUGGGACCGCACCAUCUUGAUGAAUUCAAAAGAAUCUGGGCUGAAUAUGACCCAGAAGCUAAGGGUCGAAUAAAACAUCUUGAUGUAGUCACUUUGCUGCGGAGAAUUCAGCCUCCUCUGGGAUUUGGAAAGCUCUGCCCACACAGGGUGGCUUGCAAGCGUCUGGUGUCAAUGAACAUGCCUCUGAACAGCGAUGGAACGGUGAUGUUCAAUGCCACACUGUUCGCAUUGGUCAGAACUGCCCUCAGAAUCAAAACUGACGGAAACUUGGAGCAAGCUAAUGAGGAACUGAGGGCAAUUGUAAAAAAGAUCUGGAAAAGAACAAGCAUGAAACUCCUGGAUCAAGUAGUGCCCCCUGCUGGUGAUGAUGAGGUUACAGUCGGGAAGUUCUAUGCUACUUUCCUCAUCCAAGAGUAUUUCCGCAAGUUUAAGAAGAGGAAAGAACAGGGGCUGGUGGGCAAGGUGCCCCCCAAAACUGCACUCUCUCUGCAGGCAGGCCUGCGGACAUUGCAUGACAUUGGUCCAGAGAUUAGAAGGGCCAUCUCGGGAGACCUGAAUGUGGAGGAGGAAAUGGAUAAAGGGAUGAAGGAACCUGUGUCAGCAGCAUCUGAGGAUGAUAUCUUCAGGGUAAAGCGUUCUGGUGGCUUGUUUGGCAACCAUGUCAACUACUACAACCAAAGCGAUGGCCGCAGCUCCUUCCCACAGUCCUUUACCACCCAGCGUCCUUUGCAUAUCAGCCAGAAAGGCUCCCCUUGCGAAGGCGAAAGCCCAUCCCACGAGAAACUUAUGGACUCAACCACCUUUACCCCUUCCUCCUACUCAUCAUCAGGCUCCAACGCCAACAUCAACAACGCCAACAACACCAGCGUGACUGGCGUGGCCAACCAGGGUGUCAGUCGAUUUCCGAGCCCUUCUAUAAGCACUGUAGAUGGACACACUGGGCAGCCACUGACACCCAUCCUGCUGCCAAGGUCCGCAUGGUGCUUCCCUCCAAAAAGGAUGUUUUAUGACACCCUCAUGCGCUCCGACUCCAGUGACAGUCAUCUGCCAAUCAUCCGGAGAGGGGAGGGGUCAACAGAGGAGACGUAUGAUGAGAGCUAUGGUGACGACAGAGAGUACCACGAAGAUGAUCACUCGCUUUCGUCUGACAUGUUGGUGUAUCAUGAUGACACAUGCAGGCAGCUAACUCCCAUGGAGGAAGCAGAAGAAGUAGAAGGAAGAAGAGGAAGUGGAGGGUGGCAGUCUCCACGAAGAGUCUUCCUCUGUCCAACCUCUCUGGGACGGAGAUCGUCCUUCCACCUGGAGUGUCUCCGGAGACAACCAAGGCCAGAAGUCUCUCAGAAGACGUCUGCACCUUUACAUCUUGUACAUCACCAGGCUCUAGCAGUGGCCGGGUUGAGUCCUCAGCUGAGAAGGAGUCACUCACCCAACCUGUUUAGCCGGCUGUGCUCAACGCCUCCAGCCAGUCCUGCAGCCCACUGCAGUGAUGCCUCCUAUCAGGGAGUUCCCUCUUUGAGGCUAGAGGGCUCCAACUCUCAUGAAAAGCUCAAUACCAGCUUGCCUUCUGUCAGCUGUGGGCCCUGGUACAGCGACAGUAACGGGAACAGCCGGGUACCCAGCCCCAGCCCCAGCGUGUCAGCGUCCAGUCAAAGAGCUCCACGGCCAGUGUCGCUCACCGUACCCUCACUUUUGGGGAAGGACUCCACUUCGCUGUCUCAUGGGAGCGCGGGCAGUCUGGUAGAAGCGGUCCUGAUAUCAGAAGGUUUGGGCCAUUUCGCCCAGGAUCCUUCGUUCAUUGAGGCAACCAAAGUCGAGUUGGCUGAUGCCUGCGACAUGACAAUAGAGGAAAUGGAACAGGCUGCCAACAACAUUCUCAAUGGCAAGAAUGCCUCAAACCCCUCACCCAGCACCUCUUCCACCUCUCAGCACAGUCCAAACGGCAGCCUUCAUCCCUUCCACACAACAGCAGCAUCAACACAAAGGGACCGAGUGGCUGGCUUGACCUCUAGCGAAGAUGGGGCAGAAGCUGCAGGAAACAGAAUCUCCAUACAUGGGCCGUCCUCUAUAGAGGAGCGGCAGGAGUUGCUAGCCACGGAAAGAGGCCAAGAAGAGGAGGAGGAAGAGGUGACGCGGAGGGAAAAGCACCAUAGAAAUUCUGCUGUCAUUGCAGGAGCGCGACAGAGGGACAGUGGGCUUUUGGAGGACGAGGAUAUGGAAUGUGUAACGAGUUUGUAGGGGUUGAGAGAGUUCAUUGGGCAAAUGGCCCCUCUGACAUCAUCAGAGAGCGACGGCGCCAGUGCUGUUCGGCAGCAGUGCUGCAGCUGGUUGUGUUUGUCCCUGCGCACUCACACAUUGUCGCUCUGGACAAAGGCGACCAGUGAUGCAACCUUGAACACAUGACUUGUUGGUUUCUGAGCUAGUAUGUAUGUGAAUAUUUGUAGUAAAUUAUAUGAGACUAUAUAUUAUCUGAGCGUAUGGGAGUGUGAGUGUGACUUUCUCUAUCUGUGUGUGUUUGUGUGUGUUCUCCACACGUGUCUGAGUGUGGCUCUGAAGUGCCUCACAGUUUUAUCAUGUCCUCAAAGUAUGAAAAGCAGAAAAAGUAGGGAGAAGCAAAAAAGAGAAAAAACAGGACAAAAUGAAAGAAAGAGAAGACAAAGACGGCAGGAAAUCCUUUUAUGGAUUUUCUGAAAAUGACCCAGUAUGUUAAUGUGUUCAUGUCCUAUGCUUACUGUGGUGGUGUGUCACUGUUGUUUGUCUGGCCGCCUUGACGCCAGCUAGGGGACAGCAGACCUGCGUGUUGAGGGAUCAAUCAAGGAUCACAAUCUGACCACGCCCGCUCUGGGUCAAAGGUCACCUCCUCAUUCUUUGUUUAGCCAAUAACAAAGCGCUGUAUUGAGUACAACAGGGGCUGGGAAACCCCUGUUUGAAGUCUCAUUUCUCCUCCUCUUCCAAAGCUACAGAACCUUGGAGCACAACCCUGCCAACCCAAAAAUGGGAUUAAGGUGUGCAUCGCCCCAGUCACCGGGGGGGAAAGUAUUUGAGGGAUGGUCCCACAGGGCUGCUAGAAGGGGCCACAAGAAGAGAAAGAUACUCCGCUCUACUGGAUGUGUGCCAGCUCUUCUUUUUGCAAGCAAGAGAGAAAUUCACCUCGUCUGUCACGGUACUUUAAUCUGGCCUCAAACCCUCCACCGCAUUCCCCCGUUUGGUCCCACCUUCUUGCUGCCCCAAACGGGAAAUGAGAGGAGCAUUUUGGUGGAUAAUUGGAAACAGUGAGCCCCCUUCUCUGCCUGAUACCUCAUCACCCCUCACUACCUUUCCUCGAUACUUUUUCUAUCAUCUUUGCCUAUUUUACCAUUUCUGUAGUUUUUUUCUUUCUCUGCGCUUUGGGAGGCGUGUCUUUGUCAAGCAGGACUUAGAUGGCGGGGUGGAAGAAAAGGAGGGAAGUGACUGUUUAUAAAAACACUCCAGGCAAGUGGGGGGGGUCUAUACUGGAUCUGCCAUCAAUCAACCGUACUUCCUGCUCCAAGACCUGCCUCUUCCUCUCAGUUAGGAAUCCUUCUGGAUUUGCUGCCACACACUCCAUGUGCAGACCAAGCCCACUAUGUAUUUAACCUUUUUAUUAUGUGCAAAACUGAUUAGCCAUGAUUUUUUCUUUUUUAAUACUCAUGAACAUCAGUGUUUUAAUUUAUCUUUGAGUCGUUUGCAAAAUUGGGGUGCUGGUCUUAUAAAUGUAUUUUUGCUUGGUUUAUUUUUUAGGAGAAUUUAAGAGGUUUAAAGUACAGAAGCAGGGCGUAGUGUCUGCGUGCAAGUCUAUAAACUAUAUUUCUGUGUGCGGGUGUAUGUCUGCAUUUUAGUACAGGAUGUUAGUGUGCACGAGUGUGGGAGAUGUGUAACUAUAGGAGAGAGGGGUCUCCUCUCUAUCAGUAUGCACCUUUUACAGAUUGUAUCUAUUUAUUUAUUUAUUUUUCCCAGAAGAGAAAAAAAAUGUGAGAAUGUGUGCGUGUUUGUGUAUUCUAAAAAGCCGAUUUUAAGCCUAGACAGUCAUUUAAGGUAGCAUUUUUAAAAAAGUACGUCGUUGUGUAGGGUGCGUGGGAGCGGAGCUGUCUUUGUGCGUAUUAAUGGGCCUCCAUAACACAGGGUUACCAUGGACAGGCAUGCUUCCACUUUUACUUUUCAGCCAAGCUGCAGAGUGAGAGUCGCUCUGUCUUUGAACACUAGCCAUCGGGUAACUUUUUCUUUACUGUCCCAUUUAGACGUUUGGCGUAAGGUCUUUAGGGAGGUCAUAAGGUUAGAGGCCUUUUGGCAAUUGCUGCUUUUUCUGAUGGAUGGUUGCUCUGAAUGACAGAAGCACCAAACUUCAUACUGCCAUAACAACCCUUUUGUCAAAGCACUGGGGCUUUAUGUCCUAAUUUGCUCAGCUGUAACACCCAUAUCAUAUAUUAUACUUUUUUAAUGGAAGGUAACCACCCAAAAAAAAUUAUUAGGGCUUGUGUAGGGGUACUGUAAGACAUCUGAAUUACACACAUUUGUCUAUUAGAUUAAAAUAAACAAUUUAAUUUAGGAGUACCAUUAGAAAGAGAAUAACUCUCUGUGUCAUUUCAUUUAUUUGUAAAUCUGGUAGGAGUAAAAUUAUUGUAGAAAAUAUCAUGUUUUUUUGCCUAAACUGCAAAAUAUCCAGUGAAAAAGUAUCCAAAAAGACUUUUUUUUCUGCAGCUUGAAUAAGCUGUAGAUGUCUGGCUCAGAUUUAUCAUCGUUUUUAUUAUAUGUUUUUGCUAUUCAGUCAUAAUUUGAUUCACCUUAAAUUAAUUGACAGUCAGGUGUGUUUGCAAAAACAUCACAAAGGACAGAAUAUUUUUUUGAAUCCCUCUCUUAGCCGUAGUGAUGUUCUUUAUCUUUUUGAAAAUAAUGUAAAAUUGUUAAAAGCCUUAAUGCCCUCUAAAAAUGAUAGGUAGUUUGGAAAAAUAAAGAUCGGUUGCUGUGUGAAACAUCAGCUUCAAUCAGGAGAAAUGUUUAAAAAUAUGUAUUUUUUAGGCAUUUAAACUCUCUUUUUUUCCUUUCAAGAAAAAUCAUUUCGAUCAUUAGAGCAUCUUUCCCAAUUCAUGUCUCUCUGUUUUUUUUAGUUGACACGUGUAAACCGGAGCAGAUUAGUGGCAGGAAUGAGUAUGCAUAAACACACUGCCAUACACUGCAUCCUGUGCCAGACUUCUGUCAUUUUUAUGCAAUCUAAAUAUUGAUGUUUGGUUUAUGUGGCAGAACUUGUUUUGAGGUGAAAUUCCUAUUAUGACCCUUUAAAAGUAAAAGUCACCAAAUUAGGAUGUUUGACAUUUUCAAAGACAUUUUUAGUAUUUCUUUGAGGCAUUUUAAAAUGUUGAAAAGCAAAAGUAUGAGUUUUUGUCUUCCUAAUCUACUUUCUAUUACCAAUCAGUGUUGAAAGACAAAAGGACCCUGCUCUUAUCAAUGAACUGUGAUUGUUUUUGGUCAAUAAAAAAGACUGAGUUUCUAAAGAUUAAUAUAACAGACAUUUGAAAUGUAGUUUUUGUGUCCAAGCUGCUGCAUUUUACCCCAUAAUGUAGCUCCAGUUGAAUGUUAAUCUCUGGAUUAGAUCAAAAAUCAUGAAUGACUCGAUUCUUGAACAAAAGCAAAGUUUCCAACAACAGAAAAAGACUUUAAUUCUUAAAAUCAUUUUUUUAAUUGUCAUAUAGUUAUCCUCUGUUUUCUAGGAUAGUGUUCAUAGACAAAAACAAAGAAAUUUCCUGCAUUGUAAAAGAUCCACACCAGGCUCACUGUGUGUAAAUCAAAUCUCUGAUGGGUUAGUGAGACUCACAGACGCCCCCUGUGUGCCGUGGAGCAGCGCUGCUGCUUUUCUGUGCUUUGUGGGUCAGCAUGAACUAUGAAGUGUUGUGUUGCAGUACGAUGCUUAAAGUGGGUGUACUCCUGCAACCCACAAGAUAUGCAAAAACAAUGCAAUAACUAUGACUGUGUACACGGUUCCCGAAGUAAACACACUUGUGAAAAAUGUCUAACAAGAUCCGCAUCAUGAAGGUUUCUUUUGUUUGUUUGUUUGUUACAUUUAUAAGUGAACUCAGUGGUUUCCACACCUGACAUACUUGAAAUCAGGUACAGUACGUUACAGUGCAGUAUAGUAAAAUUGUAUUUUAUUCUCUUUCCCAUGGCAGGGCGGGGUGUUGGUCAAAAACGUUUAUUGAGACAAUGAUCUGAAACCAGCGUUUUGCUUGUGGAUCAUUGUAUGGCGACCUGAGAGGUUUGUUUUUCCUGUCUCAACACUUUUUUGACUGCAUCUUUUUCUUCUUAUUCUUGGUUUUUAACGAGUUUAUCUGUGUACCAUCAGUGAUGCAUGAGGUUCCCACUUUCAGUCAGCUUUCCAAUAAGGUUGAAUAUCAUAUCACAUUAUUACAGAGUAGCUUUUUCUAUUUAUUGUACAUAGACUGACUGAAGUCGGUAUCGCGAGAUACAUGUUUGAAUUUAAAGAAGCAGAGGGGAUUUUGCAUAUCUUGUGUUUUCUGGGCCCAGACAUAUCUGAUUUUAUUUAACCUUUAAAGGACAGAUGCACAGCGAUUGAAACUAGAGUAAGGUGUCAUGAAAACCCACUUGUUUUUGAUACAGUUAUUGGAAAUUAAAGCUAUGUUUUUGCUGCAAAGUUGAGGAUCUGGAUUUAUAUUCUGUACUUUUUGGACAUUUUUUCCCUCCUAGUCUCAGAUAACCCUGCAGCCAUUGUCAUGGCAUACCGUGCUUACUGGUCCUCUAUGUAGUCUUCAUCACUCUAUAUAAAACGUUUUGAGCUUUCUUCACACCUAUACACGUACCCACUUUAAAUCCAUUUGAAACACAGGAUGAGCAUGUUUUUUGUUCAUCCUGACAGUAACAGCUGAUCAGAUAAUUAGCAGGACCUGCGAGGAUGUUGCAUUCAGCAUGGAUCCUGUUAAUCAGCGUGCACCAAGCUGAGGCUCUGGAGCCAUCAGAACACGUCCCCCUUUAGUCCUCCAUGGUACUGCUGUUGUAUUUGUGCGCACUUGUGCUGCUUCAUACAGCUUCAUCGAAUGAAAGCGGUCACCAUGCAGCCCAGAUUUAUUUGGGUUCCUCAAGUGAAGUGGGACAGAGCAGAGGCUUGUUGUUGAAUCUGUUUGGUGGUCUUGUAAAGACUCGAGGGACAACUGUUUGAAAAGAGGAUUUGAGGAGGAGGAGGGUGGCUGGAAGUUUGCUGAUUUAAGAUCUGACCUUUUGAAUUGUGUUAAAGUAAUGUCUCAUGUGCAUGGGUUUAGAGAUGUAAAAUAUUGGUCCUAUUUAACUGAUGACAUUUUGUCUCACCACUAGCCAUUGAUUGUAUAUUUUUCUAUAAUAUAUAAAUUAAAAAUAUCUAUAAACAUACAAUAUUUAAUCACCACAGUUUAGAAUAAGGAACGGGCUGGACACUUUGAUGGAAAUGUAGUUAGGAAAAUUUGGAUUUCCAUUAUAUUGAGAGUAUUUUUAACCAAAAAGCGAUGGAAUAUCCUCAGCAGGCUUUAGGACCUAGGAAUUAUCUUUUUUAGCUUUUGGAGUUUUGCAUUCAAGAAAAAUGUAAAAAUCUAAAGGCUAAUUUACUGAUUGGAUUUUAAAAAUAAAGAUCUGUCCAUCAUUUGUGCUUAUUAGGAAAUGUGAUUUGCUGGACAAUUUGAAUCCACGCUGCAAAUGGAGUUGAACAAGUCUGUGCUUGUGUUUUUUUAUGUUUUGUGGAGAAAAGUCUUAAACUCAUCAACCUACAAACAGCCUGUCCUCGUCUGGUCAUCCUUCUACUGUAGCAUUGAGAGUUGUGUCUCUCAGCUAGUCCGACAUCAGCAAAAUACUGCACACCUUUGAAAAAUAAAAAACACACACACAUUUUCCCAGCAACAAACCAAAAAUUCCUCCUAAAGGACUGGAUCUUUAUUAGUUUUUAGUUAUUCAAACAGUGUAGCUUUGUUUCGUUGUUUUUUUUAUGUUUCUUACAAAAUGGAUUUGGAGGACUUGAACUACAUCAUGUGUAGGAAAAAGCCGCUCAUCUGCUUUUUAUACAGACGAGGAAGCAAAGACGUAGUUCAUAGCACCUGGCCAGUUCUUUUUACAUCCGUUUAAAUAUGAACUUAUAUUUUUAAAGAUAAAAAUCUAAAAGCAUUUACACUUGUUUUCAUAUAUGCAAAAGCGUGUUGGAUUCAGCUUGUAAAGCACUUGCAGAGGAAUUUCUAGAGCUGAUGGUCAUUUCCGCCGAGGUGACACGGCGCCACAAACAUGAAGUGAGGAGAUUUUGUGGAGAAAAGCUGCUUUAUAUCAAUAAGAUUUUAAACACUAAUAAAAGUUCUAAACACAUGCCAUUUAGGGAGUGUGUGUUUAAGUUACAGAUUUUAGUAGAUUUGUAAUUUUUUCCAUUUAAACCUCCGUAUGUGGAUCUGUCAGGGCUGCAGAGAAGCAUAUCAUAAAUUCUUGUAAAUCAAAGUUGUGAUUAUGACCAAAAUAUUUUAAGAGGACUAUUUUAAAUAUAUAUUUUGUUAUUUUUUUCUAGUAGGAAUUACCCUAGCCUGUUGAUGAGGGAAUCUAAAUGAAAGUUUGGUUCCCUGGACACUAAGACAAUCCUCUUGGUUUGUCUGUACUGUCAUUCUCAAGUCCAAUGAAAGCUUUUGAACGAUUACAGAGAGGAAAUUGCAGAAUAUAUUACUAGUAUAUACAAUUUUAUCAAGAAGGUAUCUUAUAUUUUAGUUAUCAAUUCAUAAAGAAUAUGUAUUUAAAUGGCAGUAUGGUGCAGAUUUAAAUAAAAAUCCCAUUUCAGAGGCUAUGUGAGGUUUUAAAAACCGACUAAAAAGGCUUCCAAUGUAAGUUAUGGUUAGAGAUAAGUUUGUUUUAGCUAAAAAAUCUUAGUUUGCUGCUUUUACAAGAGUUUUAGAGAAAGAAGUUCUUGAAUUGCAUGACAAAGGCAGCAUUUUUCUCUGUUCAGCAGUGUAUGAUCACAGGAAUUAUGCUUUGAGGGUUUGUGAGAGUUUUUUGCAUUAACACACAAUAUGCACAUUAUAUUUAUUACCUGGACAAAUUGAGUCAUAUUAGUUUGUACUACUCUCCUACUGCAUUUUUCUUGGACAGGAAGCGUGACCUGUUUUAUCUGUUGGGCCAUCAUAUCAGAGAUUGGUGCUUGACUGAUAAAAAUAUUUUAAAAUAAAAGAGCUAUAAACAGAAAAAGUCAAAUGUAUUAAUUGUGUAGCAGCUCACAUAGCAGCACCUUUACAUGAAUACUUAGGAUGACUGUUUUGAUGUGUCCUCACAAACCUUGUGUUUAGCCUUUAAUUCUUUAGAGUUAUGCAAACUUGAUGAACCCCAAAUUGUAAAAAAUCCAGAAGACCAGUUUUUAUUUUUAGAAAGCAAUCCCAAACCCUUUGCGUGUGAUAAUGGCCGAUUUUUACUGAAGUGUUUCGAACAGGAUGGGUGUGGCAGCAGUGAUAAGAUGUGAUUCUGGUGUCUCAAAAGCCUGCUCUUAUUAAAACCAUGAAUGUUUCUGCCUGCCUGCUCAUUAUCUCUUAUUGUUGCAUACAGCCAUUUCUGUAUAUCACAAUGCACCUCAAAUGAUAAUUAGUUUUACAAAAUUAUCCUUUGAAUGUAAAGACAGUGAUGCUCAUACUCAUGUCUGGAAAAGGUGCUUUUCUUUUUCAGUUAAACAGAGAAAUAUAUUUUAGAUUGAAAGAAAAUUGACGUAUUUGCUUUGCUCAACCCUGAAGUGAUUUGACUUUUUUUUAGAGCACAAAGAGUUAGAAAAUGAAAGCUCGCCUUGUGUGUAUGUACGGAAAAAUGCAGCUUUAAUGGAUAAAAGCAUUCUUUUCUUUGGUGAGUUGCAUCUUGUCUUGAGGAGAUCAGUACACAGCAGUGUUUCUUGAAUGCUUUGUUCCACCAUGGCUUGUGGAAAGUGCCAGAGCUGUGCGGCUCCACUCACGCCCACUCAUCAGUGUCUUAUGAUCCUGUCCAUCGUCAUCGGUCACUACUCAUGCAAAAGUGUAAAAGGGCCUUUGACAGGACUGAGCAGUUUGUUUUCAUUUCUUUUAAGUCAGGGAGAAGUCUGUUAGUCCUAUAUUUUAUUUGGGUUUUUUUGGGAGAAAAGCCGUUCACAAAGAGACCAAUUUCUUGUAAUAUUAGUAGUGACGCUACUAUUUAUUGUAGUAUUUAAUAACAGCACUAUUUAUGGUCAAAAUAAUGAAUUAAAGUGUGUCAUUGUGCUUGCAGUAGCUUUGGAGGCAGGUGGUCAUUCUGUAACUGAGUUCUUAAGCAUAAGCCACUCCCUCUCCUCUAGCAGGACGUAUUUCAUUGGUUCUAAGGUUGCUAAGUGACACUGGCCCAACAUCAUUUGGUUUCCUUAGUUACCAUUUGUCUCCUCGGAGAGGACAGCAUGGUCUCACAAUUGACAUACCCUUUUCUUUUUCUUCUCCUCGUUCUUUUCUAGAGGUAGAAUUUCUUUUUCAUUUUUGUUUUUUCAUUUUAGAUUUUAGAAAGGGAAAGAAUACAAAUUAAAUAAAUCAGAAUAUUAAUUCAAUCACUUUUUCUACUCCUAUUUUCAAUAAAAAGUUAAAUGGAAAAAAAAAGUUGAUAUGUAAAUAUAUCGUGUACAGUUUGUAUCUGUAACUUGUCAGUCUGUCAUUGGUGACAGAGUCUGUCUUGCUUAUAACGCACGCUACCAGUAAAUAAAAAAGGAAAAAGUAUAUUUAGACUGUAUGGUCCCUUGAAAGCAAGUUUUAAAUUAAUAUCUGAUGUAUAUUCCUGUAACAUUGCAUUUUUAUCUGAGGAAUGAUGUUAUUAAAAAACUGCAAAUAAAUUGCAUUUCCUACA